GCCCCAGCACUACCUGCUGUUCGCUAUGAGCGGGUUGUAUUUUCAAGCGGGUUUGGUAUUGAACGAUUUCCGCUUCAAGGGCAUCCUACAGAGGAAAAUAACAAGCUCUGGGCCGAUCUUUAUGACUGUAAGGUCUCAGUCGGAAUCACUAGGAUUAGCACAGAUGAAGCGCGUCCAAUGGAUAACAAAACUCUCCCUGUCCCAGGACCGGAGGGUGGGUAUGUUGUACAGCUGACAGUCUUCCAUCAACCUCACUGCUUGAUAUGA